AGAGUCAAGCCAUGUGGUUUAGAAGUUUCGCCGAUUUAGUUCUAGUUUUAGUGGUGGUGGUCGAGGUGGUGCAGGGUCAGCAACAGUGUUAUUACUCGCUGGAUAUGAAAUUUGGGUCGGAUUAUUAUCUACCUUCGCCACAGUUUCCGCUGUUUUACCCGCCAAAUACGCAGUGUUCGUACAGGAUUAGUGCGCCGUUUGGGUACAGGAUUAACUUUACCUGCGAUUUGUUUCAAAUACCGAGCAGCACCGGUUGCAAGAUCGACGCAGUCUACUUUUCACCAUCCGGCCGUGAGGACCUGGCCGACGCUUACACGUACUGUGGCGCAGGAACCGUUCAGGAGAAAUCUUUCGCGAACAGUUUGUUCCUGCGACUGCGGUCUUCCCCCAUCAGCCGCGGUGGAAAGUUUCUGUGCCGAAUGUCGCUGAUUCAACCGAGUUGUAGUUGUGGACGGAAGAAGCAGACGAGGAUUGUCAACGGAGUUCAAACCGCCGUAAAUGAAUUUCCAAUGAUGGCCGCAAUGAUUGAUGUGAAGACCAGGAGUGUCGUAUGUGGUGCUACAAUAAUUUCAGAGCGAUUCGCACUGACGGCAGCACACUGCUUGCUCAAUCGUAACGUCGACGACACCGUACUACUGGUCGGCGACCACAACCUAACAACCGGAGCAGAUACCUCGUACGCCCAGGCCUACGUCAUAGCCCAGUUCAUCGGUCAUCCCGGCUUCACGAUGAACCCAGUAGCGAACGACAUUGCGCUGCUACGAACCCUGCAGCCAAUCCAGUUCAACGCCGGAGUUGGUCCGGUUUGCCUUCCGUGGAAGUUCCGGGGAGCCUCGUUCAGUGGCGAUUCCGUCGAGGCUUGCGGCUGGGGCAAUCUGGACUUUGGAGGACCCUCCUCGAGCGUGCUGAUGAAGGUCGAUCUGGACGUUAUCGAUAACCAGGACUGCUCGAGCAGGUUGAACUCCGUGAUGAGUCCGCAGAAGAUGUGCACCUACACGCCGACGAAGGACACGUGUCAGGCGGAUUCCGGAGGGCCACUGUUUUUUACGGAGGCGGGCAGUGGUCGGUUGUACGAGGUUGGGAUUGUUAGCUAUGGGUACGCGUGUGCCACGACGAAGCCGAGCGUUAAUACGAGGGUCACGGAGUAUUUGGACUGGAUUAUGGCGAGUAGUCCUGAUUCGUUUUACUGUUUUAUGUGA